AGUUAGUAAACAUUCUAGUGCGACAAACAAGGGGAUACAAUUUGGCGGCAAGAGCAUGUGUUUAUCAUCCUCAACAUUGUAACAUUUCCAGCUUUUAUAAUGCCACUAACGAGAGAUCCCUUUCCUUUUCCUAAAACUGAGAACGACUACUCAUUGACUGGGGCAAGGCAAUGUCAGAAAGAGCCAUUUGAUAAACCAACUCACAUAGCUCAAAAUGACGAACCGUGGAGUUGUCUAAAUGACAGGGCUACUCUAGCCAGCAUCAGAAGGAAUGUCCGGUAUCAUGACCGGCAGGCACCUAAAGACAGCCUAGACUUCCAUCUGAAAUCAACCUAUGACCACCACCAAGAGUUCCUCAGUAGUAAGAACCAGACCUUAUACCAGAGGGAGACUUUUACUGACGACCAUGGGAGGACUCUGAAGAACCGUGGAAAACAUGAAGCGCCCUUGUGUGAAACCAAGAAAGAAGUCAAAGUAUGGAUGAACUCACAGAAGUCUUCCAUCUACAGCAUUGAGGGAACAAUAGAAUCUCAUCACAACGCCUCUACUAACAGGGGAUACUCCAGGAAGCACGAUGGGGGAUUCUACUCCACCUAA